GAGGAAAGGGCGAGGAAAAGACUUUAAACCUUUUCCUCUCAUCAUCCUGUUAUAAUCAGAAUCUGACCCUUUUCUCAGUUCCACCAAAUUCAUCGUCUCUUCAUAGUUUUCUGAAUUCCGGCAACAAUGUCGCCAAAGAGAAGCAAAGGUGAUAUUGAAACGGGGGGUGAAGGCCACCUCUACCCCAUGAUGCUUGAGAGCCCGCCGAUGCGUUGGGCUUUCAUUCGAAAGGUUUAUGCCAUAUUGUCCAUGCAACUGCUUCUGACUGUCGUGGUUGCCGCCAUUGUCGUCGUAGUCGAUCCAAUAUCAGACUUCAUGGUCCACAACAGGGCCGGCCUAGGCCUCUACCUAUUCAUUGUGGUCCUUUCGUUGAUACUCAUGUGUGCACUGGCUGCUUUUCACAAACGUCAUCCUGCGAAUCUCAUUCUUCUUGGGAUGUUUACGCUCACCAUGGCCUUCACCAUGGGCUUGAGUUGUGCCUUCGUUAAAGGGAAGAUUAUUUUGGAGGCUGCAAUUUUAACCAGUGUAGUGACCAUUGGUCUGACCCUCUACACAUUCUGGGCUGCAAAGAGAGGCCACGAUUUCAGCUUUCUUGGGCCCUUUCUGUUUGCCUCCCUCCUGGUGCUCCUUGUUUUUAGCAUGAUUCAGAUGUUUUUCCCAAUGGGAAAGUUGUCGACAAUGAUAAUCGGGUGCUUGGGCGCGAUCAUAUUCUCUGGAUUCAUCAUAUACGACACUGACAACAUGAUCAAGCGCUACGAAUACGAUGACUUCAUCUGGGCUGCAGUUUCCCUUUACUUGGAUAUCCUCAAUCUCUUCAUUGCUCUCAUUAAUAUCUUAACUGCUUCCGACAGCUAGAAUCCUAUUUUCUUCAAUGUCUUUGCUUUGUAUUGUAUGUUCAGGGAGCUGGCCCAUAUCUGAGUCUGAUUGAUACCAUGCAUGCAAGCUCUUUGAUUGCUCGUAGUUCCAUGUACAGGCUUUCCAGAUUUUUCACAGCUGGUACCAAGUACGAAUAAUGCCCUUUUCCUGUUUGCAAGAAGAGCAAAUGUUAAGACUUUCGAAAGAUUUUCAGAUUUUGUGUUUCUUUGGCAUGGUACUGCAAAUUACAGGACUGGCUGAGAACUGUCCUUGAAUUUUCACAUGAGCAUGCUAUUGGAUAAGUAUGAGAA